CUGUGCUUCUCUGUAAUCCUUAUCGAUAAAGAAAAUUCUCAAUCUUUUCCUCUAUGGGGAAACACUUCAGGUCUACCGCCGCAUUGUCCUGUAAUAUCUACAUGUCCAACCAUCAGUUACGGCGUCAACGGUUCUAAUCUGUUCUCGUGUUCGCUAUGAUGUUACGAGAAAUCAAACCGCGAAAUGCGCGGACAGCGCGCAUUGUCAAGGCACGAGAACCGCAGCAGAUCGAAUCCAGAAAAAAGGUCCUUCUCCUCCAUGGAACGAAAUGCCCUCAACCGGUGGCAUCGGUGCUGAAGACGGUGCAUACGCUCACGAAACCUGACUCCGUCCUGCUCAACAAAAAGAAUGAGAACAUCCACCCGUUCGAAGACGCCGCCUCCCUAGAAUUCCUCGCCCAGAAAAACGAAUGCGGCGUGGUAGUGUUCGGCACACACUCGAAGAAGAGGCCAAACAACAUCACGAUAGUGCGGAUAUUCGACAACAAAGUCCUUGACAUGGUCGAAUUACUCCUCGUGGUGCCUCAAGACCAGCCCCAGACGGAACCGAAGUUGCAGGUUGGAUUGGCCAUGAAGCCAUUGAUAUUAUUUGCCGGGUCACAAUGGGAUGACCCGUCAUCGUCCGCACAAGCUACCCUAUAUCAGACCCUCAAGUCGACGCUCCUCGAUCUGUUCCAGGGCGAAGAAGUCACUUCUGUCGACGUUGCCGGCUUACAAUAUAUCCUGAUGAUUGCUUCCGGCGAGAACAACUCCUCAUCCGCAGACCUCAACGAUCCUUCCCAGAAACCCGUUUUGCACCUACGGUGGUACAAGAUCCGAACCAUGCGGUCAAACAAUGCCAAAAUACCACGAGUGGAGCUCGAUCCUCUGGGGCCAAGCUUUGACUUUAGAGUCGGGCGUUACCGAGAAGCAGACCCUGACGUGAUGAAGGAAGCCUUGAAGCACGGACGCAGACCGAAUGAAGCGAAGACGAAGAAGAACAUUGAGACCGAUUUGAUGGGUGAUAAGAUUGGCCGUGUACAUCUUGGAAAACAAGACCUUUCGACGCUGCAGACAAGAAAAAUGAAAGGCUUGAAGCGUGGGCGCGCCGAUCUGGAACAGAACGAGGAUGGUCUGGAAGAAGACCAUUCUGGUGAAGAUGAGGUCAGCGAAGACGAAGACGAAGACGCAGCCCAUGGCGGCAUGGAUCUUGACGAAGAAUAUUCGGGAGACAGCAGCGUCGGUGGCAGCGGAGACGAGAUCAGCAUCGGAGAAGAUGAUGAUGAAGACAUGGAUGAUGCACAGGAGGCGGACGAAAAGCCGAAGCGGCAACGAAUUUCAUAAUAUACACGAGAACGCGACGUCCCCGGAUUUCAAACUGUCGGGUUUUGGUGCUGCAAUCUGGAAAGCGGAUAUACCGCAGAGGACACAGCAGUGUCACCAUACCCAGUGUCCAAAGUAUUAUUUUUUUUGGCAGGACAAGCCACGACUUGGGACGGCAAUGAGAUGAGCAGUUCAAGUCGUGCAUGAUUCGCCCACACCUUGUUGAUGCGCCGCUAAGCGCAGUCGCUCAGCCCUCAUACUCGAGAGAGGGCCAAUAUGUGAGAAUAUUUUGGGUUUACCCUUCGUAGAUAGACUCGCAAUGGUGUUUGAUGGCUGGUCAGACAUUAACCACCGAAGGCAAGCGAUAUCACACGACCAUGUUAUCGCGUGCCAAAAGUGUUGCUUCCGGUAGCACAGUGAGUUGGGUGCAUCAAGGCGCAAAAGGGAGUUUUCAAAGGUUGAUCAUCUCUGACCAUGCUAUCUUGAUUUACGAAAAUACCUAAACAAUCAUGCCAACUCUUGUGUGGACCAAAUGCAAACCAUUAUCAUUCAUCUUGCGGUGCUCGUACUCUGGUUGCCGGGACGAAAUAUUGCCGUAGAAAUUAUUUACAGAGCGAAAUGUAC